GAGGUGACCAUGUGAGAGGGAGGGUGUGCGUGCUUGCUGCCUGACAAGUUUACCAGUGUGUCGCGUCUAUGGGUGGUGCUUGUGGUGAGGAAAACAGGAGAUAUUACUCAUCAUUCGGAUUUGGGAGGAGACUUGGAUGAUAUUAGACUGUUCAACAUUGGGCCAGUAAACAAUACCCUCUGCCCAAGGAGAUGCCGGCAGCCUUUGAGGGAGAAACAAGGCUGCUGCAUUAGCUGGAAUCAAGAACAGAGAGAUUUAAUUGAGAAGUUAAAGGCCUCUCCCAGCUUCUCCUCGCCCCUUACAGCCUCUCCUCGCCCCUUACAGCCUCUCCCAGCCCCUCUCAGCUUCUCCUAGCCCUUCCAGCCUCUCCCAGCUUCUCCUAGCCUCUCCCAGCCCCUCUCAGCUUCUCCUAGCCCCUCCCAGCCUCUCCCAGCUUCUCCUAGCCUCACCCAGCCCCUUCCUAGCCCCUUCCAGCCUCUCCCAGCUUCUACCAGUCUCUCCCAGCCCCUCCCAUCAUCUCCCAGCCCCUCCUAGCCCCUCCCAGCCCCUUCCAGCCUCUUCAAGCCUCUCGCAGUCUUCUCCAGCCUCCGCCAGCCCCUCCCAGCCUCUCCCAGCCAACCACAGAUAUGCAGGGGGAUGAUAGUGCUGGUGAGGAUGAAGGGACAGCACUGCAGAGGAGGUUCAGCAGCGAGGGGCUUGACUGGGGCAGCAUAGAACCUUCCGAGAGAGCAGUGCACGUGUGGCGCUGGUUGGUUGACGGAGAGGCCAAUUUGAGGGCAGCAAGACACAUCAAUGAUAAGCUGAGACGACAACACGAGGAGGAGAGAACGCCCCUUCCACAGGAGCUGCAGCAGUACGCCCAUCACCUGCAGUCUGAGUACGAGGAGCGAGUGAGAGGCCUGGAGGAGGAGGUACGCGCCCUGAAAGAGGACCUGGAGGCUCUGCUGGCCGGCACGCAGGCUGUGUCUACCAUUGGAGGGGAGGGACUUCAUGAUGUGGCGCAGACGUCUCUUGGGGAGCAGAUUGCGUACAUGCUGGUGGAGAGGAAGAAGCUGAUGGAGGAGCUGGCCCUGGCACACAGCAGUCGCCCGGGCACUGAGAGGGAGAAGGACCUCACGUCCCAGCUCAUUAAGGCCUGCACGGAACUGGAGGUGCUGCGCCACAAGCACCGGGAGACCGAGGCACAGCUGGAGGAGAUGCAUGAUCGUGUGCAGCUGCUGGAACGCGCCUCAAGACAGCUGGAGGCCGACAAUGAAACGCUGGUUUUCAAGCUGUCCGAGGCCCUGGCUGAGAUAGAGGACAAUGAGGGACAGUUGCGACGUCUCAGUAAGAAUCCUCACUUCCGGCGGGGUGAGUCACCACGUACCAGCCUCCGCAGCUUAGAGUCCGCCCCACCAAGCAUGAGGAGUCUGCCAGAGGCCCCACCGCCCCCUCUUCACCGCAGGGAGUCGUCACGCAGCAGUGGCAGGAGAAGGAGGCUACAACAGACACAGACCAGUAAGGAGAUUUGCACAACCUUCAGACAUCCCAGCAUUACUUCCCAGCAUUAUUCCUGCAGGAGUGGCAGCAGAAGGAGCAGUGUGUGUGGCAGCGGCUCCCCCAGCAGGCCCCCAUCCCUGCCAGACCCACACGCCAAGGCCACAGCGCUGCAGGAGAACAAGAAACUGCAGGAGGAGGUGGAGCAGGUGCGACGGUCCCUGCUGGAGGUCGGGGACAAGUGUGAGGCUGCGGUCGUCAAGUAUGAACUCUACAAGAUCAAGAGCAAGGGAAAGAUUCACGCACUCAGGUCAGACUACCAGAGUGAGCUGCAGGCAGUGCGACGGAGAGUGACCCAGCUGGAGGCCGAGGUGGCUCUCAAAGGGGACCAGCUGAGGGCCGAGGACGCACUACGCAGACAGCUGGAGGAGGACCUGGGGAAGACACGGGCUGAGAGGCAGGAGAUGGCCAGCAGGGUCAGAGAGAGCGAGAGGGCAGCGCAGGAGCAGGUACGCGAGGUGAAACUGUUGCAGGAGAGAGUGAACCUACUGAAGGAGGAGAAUGACCGGCUGGGGGAGCGCCUGCAGGACCUCACUUUGGCUGCAAUCGUGGGCUGACCAUGCUGUAGAAUUCAGGUCUCGGGAAGGAGUGAUGUAGGACUGCAGGAUUUAAAGGAUAUAUUUGCUGUCAUAGGGAAGAUGUCUUGGUGUGUGUGUGUGUGUGCGUGUAUGUUUGUCACUGUUUUGCAAUGCUGUUUAACUUGUCUUCCCUAAAACUCGUGUUCCCUAACCCAAUCACAGUCGUUACUAGGGUUCCAUCUUCUGUUCCGUUAAAGGAUUAGAGGUCAGGGUGAAAUAGAAUAGGUCGUUUGUCUCUCUCGGCAAAGGAAAACGGAGAUCUGGAGGAAAUAUUGACUUGCUGUGUUUGUGGUAGAGAAUUGUGGCGCUGUUAUUGUGUCUUCUGCUGUUACAAAUGAUGUGACUGACUUUCUUUUGUUUUCUUGGGUAAGGUUGAGAGUUUUUUGUAUGUUUUUGUACUUCAGUAGCUGUGACAAAUGUAGAGUUUUGUACAUUUUGCAGAAUCUUACUCAUGUGUCUAUUGUGUCUUGGCUUUUAUUUAUUUAUUUAUUUUUUUUCUGAUCAGUAAGCCAAAAGUCAAAUAAGAUUAGUGUCUGAAUGAAAUCUAAAGACACAAGAGGCAAAAGAUGUGGAAAAAAAAAAUAAAAAAAUAAAAACU